AUUGCUACAGACUGCAGCUCAGCGGCUCUGGGGAGCAGCUGGAAAGAGGUUUGCUGCUGCUGCGGCUGUCACUGCAGCAGAAGCAUGGUCCACUGGUCUGGUCAAUUCCCCCGGGUUCUCCUCCCCGCCGCGACCUGACCGUGCUGCUGCUCCCUGCUGCUGCUGCUGCUGCUGCUGCAGUAGCAGGGGGCCCCGCCUUGAGGCGUUUAUAUUCUCAGUGGAAAACAAUGAGCUUUCUGCUCGACCAAGACGCGCCGCUGGUGCUGCAGCUGCCGCAGCAGCAGCAGCAGCAGCAGCAGCAAGCGGGCACGGCGCAAGACCCCAAGCAGUCGCCACAGGCUCAAGAACCCUUCAGGCAGAUGCUCAUAUUUGGAGAGCCCAGGCGUUUGGGAGCUGCUCUUUCGGUGUUAAGUGCUGCUGAUGUGGAACUCAAGGGGUAUUACAGCAGCGCCUUUAAGGAGGCGCUGGCAGCAGCAGGAGCGCUGCCCCCCGAGCUACAACCAGCAGCAGCAGCAGCAGCAGCAGCAGGAGCAGCAGCAGGAGCAGCAGGAGCAGGUGGGGGAGCGAGCAACGCCGCAGAGACUCAGAAAAGCAGCAGCAGCAGCAGCAGGAGAAGGGCUGGGGGCCCUGACCUUACCUUUUUGCUGCAGUGCUCUCUGGAGGAAAUACAGCUGCGCAGCUUCAAGAGCAGCAGCAGCAGCAAGGGCAGCAGCAGCAGCAGCAGCAGGAACGGCAAGGCCGAAUCCGGCAACGCGGCUGCGGGGCCGGAUGACGUGCUGCUGCUGCAGCUGCCGGGGGGCCCCCUCAGCAGCAGGGGCCCCCAAGUGGGUCGCAGCUUAAAAGAAGCAACAAAAGAAACGGGGGCCCUUUGCUUCUUAAGUGCAGAUUUGCGGCGCAUGCGCGCGGACUACAGCAGCAACAUAACAAUAGCCCUUUUGGCCCACAGCUCUGAAGCCCGCCGCCACGCCUACCAAAUCCUUAUGACUCGUUUGGGGGGCCCCCUGGGGGCCCCCCUGGGGGCCCCCCCGGGGGCCCCCCUGGGGCCCCCCGUGGGGCCCCCCUUGGGGCCCCCUUCCUUGGGGGGCCCCAUGGGGCCCCUCCCCAUGGGGCCCCCUCCUUUAGGUGGGGGCCCCCCUAUGAGGGUCCCCUUGGGGGGGCCCCCCGGAGGCCCCCUCGGGGGGCCCCCGGGGGGGGGUACCUUCCCCUCGGGGGCGCUGCAGCAGCGGCAGCAGCGGCAGCAGCAGCAGAACUUUAAAAGACAAAGAGAGACAGAAGCUUUAGGGGGGCCCCCCUUAAUGAGUCCUGAGAAGGGGCCCCCCUUUAAGAGACACCAGGGAAGGGGGGGGCCCCCGGGGGGCCCCCUAGACCCCACGGGGGGCCCCACAACGCGCAUGCUGGGCGAGCAGCAAAGAGGACACCUCAAAGCUGCUGCUGCUGCUGCCAGCGACGGACCCAUGAGGCCUCCUCCCCAGGGCCCACCGGGUGCCAUGCGGGGGCCCCCUAGAGGGCCCCCAGGGGGCCCCCUGGGGGGCCCCCAAGGGGACCCUUCUGGGGGGCCCCGGCCUUUAGUGGGACCCCCCCAUGGGCGCUCUCCUCUUUCGAGGGGCCCCCCGUUUAGUGCGCGAGGCCCUGGCAGCAGCUGCUUUGAGGGGCCCCACACUGCAGCAGCAGCAGCAGCAGCAGCAGCAGCAGCGACAGCAGCAACAGCAGCAGCAACAGCAGCACAAGUUGUGGGCGGAGUCACAGUCCAUGAGGUUUAUACGUCUUCCAGCUCGCGGCCGCAGCUGCCCGACAGCCAAGGGCCUGCUGCUGCUGCUGCUGCUCCGGAGCGAGGGUUCCCCAGAGCCCCCAGCUGGGAGCAGCAGGGGCCCUCUGGAGUGGACCAUUUUGAAAGCACCCGCAGUCAGCAGCAGCUGCAGCAGCAGCAGCAGCAGCAGUGGGGGCAGCAGCAGUGGCAGGACAAGCAGCAGAAGCUGUGGCCGGAGAAGCGGCAGCAGCAGCAUUUGCCAGAGCAGCAGCAGCAGCAGUGGCCUGAGAACAGACAGCAGCAGUGGCCUGAGCAGAAGCAGCAGCAGCAAUGGCGCGGGAACAGGAAGCAGCAGCAGUGGCCUCAGCAGCAGCAGCAGCAGGAGUGGGGCGACGGCCGGUGGCGGCAGCAGCAGUGGCCUGACAGGCAGCAGCAGCAGCCGCCGCAGCAGCAGGCCUGA